CACACACUCAACUAUCUGAACUCAUAGCUAGCUGUGCAACUAAGCAAUGUUCGCUACAAAACCGGGAGUGAGAUUUGUAAGACCUGUGGUCAAAUCUAUUGGCCGGAAUCAGAUAUUGUCUUGCAGAUCUAUACCAAGCUGUCACUAUUCAACAGGUGCAGGAGGUCAAGGUGGUAAAGCAAACCACUUUUUACCACUAACGUUGCUUGGUGUUGCCGCCGUUGGAUUGACUUACUACAAUAUGAACAACAACACGAAACCACCAACACCAUCGAUUGACCCUACUAGCUCGACUAUUCAAGGAUCUCCUUUAUUCCCAUCUGAAAAAUAUCCGGAAGCAAUCAAUGUUGUGUUUGUGUUGGGCGGUCCUGGGUCCGGUAAAGGUACCCAGUGUUCCAAGCUAGUUAAAGACUACAAGUUUGUUCAUUUGAGUGCUGGAGAUUUGUUGCGUAAGGAAAAAAGUACCCCAGGAAGUGAAUUUGGGGACUUGAUCGACCACUACAUCAAGGAAGGUUUGAUUGUACCUCAAGAAAUUACCAUCCAAUUGCUGAAGAAUGCAAUUGUAGAGCAAUAUGACAAGGGAAACAGAAAAUUUCUUGUCGAUGGAUUCCCAAGAAAGAUGGACCAGGCUCUGAGUUUUGAAAAGACUGUAUCGGAAGGUAAACUCGUACUUUAUUUCCAAUGUCCAGAAGAAGUUAUGUUACAGAGAUUACUAAACAGAGGCAAAACUUCUGGAAGAUCCGAUGAUAACCUUGAAAGUAUUAAGAAGAGGUUCACCACUUUCAUCCAGACUAGUAUGCCAGUUGUCGAAUAUUUCGACGACCAGCAUAAGGUCGUGAAAGUCGACUGUAACGAACCUGUUGAUGAUGUUUACAAUCAUGUGGUUAGCCAAUUCAAGGAGAAAAACAUCAUUUAAACGGGAAACAAACAAUAUAAUUACUACACAGUACCAAAUUUGAUUAUAUAUAUAAAUGUGUAUGUCUAGUCUAGUUUGCAAAAAAUUUAAAUCACAUGAAUUAUUCGGAAAUC